AUGGAAGAAUCACCAGCAACAGCAGAACCUCUAAUUUAAUGUAAGAUGUUUUUCAUAGCAGUAGUAACAAUAGGUUAAUAUUAAGAAUAAGAGAGCAAAUCUAUUUACAACUUUAUGGAUAUAACUCAAGUUCAGAGUGGCAAUGAUCUCAUUGAAGCAGCAAAAUAAAAUAAAAUGCCUAUAUUAAAUGCCUCCGUAGAUACCAUACCAAACAUCUACGACAUUGAAGAUGCUGAUAAACGAACGGUCUUGCAUUACUUAGCAUUAAAUUCUAAUACUUUUAUAUAUAAUAGGCUUUUAAUAAAAUUUUAGCCUCAAGCAUAAGUAUGGUUGAAAAAGGAGGAUAAAUAUAAUCUUUAAGCGAUUCAUUAUUUUGUCUACUCAGGUAAGAUUGAAAUGUUAGAUGAAAUAUAGAGAUAUUAUUAGCCUAAAAAUUUAUUAGGAAUGGCUUCAUAUAAAAAUGAUGUUUUGGCUAUGAUUUAGAUUAGGGAGAAGCUGAAAGAUGAGAAGGUGUGCUGCAAAUAUAAAGAUUCUGUAACACCUUUACAUUUAGCCUGUUUUACUAAAAGUGAUUAUGCUGCAAUUGUUUUAAUGCGAUGGAAGCAUCCUUUAAAUAUAUAAGAUGCAAAUGGUAAUACUCCUUUGCAUAUUGCUGCUUAGAAUAACAAUUAUAAAUUAAUAAGAAAAUUAAUUUAGAGAGGAGGGAGUGUUAAGCUUAAGAACAAUAAUAAUUAGUUACCUAUAGAAUUGACAACAGAUCCCUAAACUCUUGAUGCAUUGAAAUCUUUUCGAUUUUCAUGGAAAUCUCUAUUACUUCAAUUAAAUUUGAAACCAAGAAAAAGAUCGGCUAUGCAGGCCUUAGUAUUUUUACUAUUUUUUUCAAUCACAAAUUUCGGGACUAUUUUCUUGGUAUAAAAUGCAAAAAGCAAAGACCAAAGUAAUGGAAGUUUUAUAUUAUUCAUCAUAAUUGUGACAUUGUUUUCUAUUUGUUUUUUUUUGGUCUCAUACUCAAAUCCAGGUUAUGCUAAAACAAAUAACGAACAAAAUCUUAAGGAAAUAUUACAGAAAUUGGAACCUUAUGAAAUUUGUUAUGAUUGCUUUAUUUAAACUCCUAUUAGUUCGAAGCAUUGUGAAUUUUGUAAAAGAUGUGUUCUUAGAUACGAUCAUCAUUGUCCUUGGAUUAAUAAUUGCGUUGGAAACGACAAUUAAUCCCUAUUUUGGUUGUUUCUCUUAUUUUUAUUUCUUGAUUUUCUUCUUCUAAUAAUACUUGGAAUUUUGUAACUGGCAUAAAACAAUGCCACUUUAAGCUCCAAUAGCUUUACAAUUUUAAUCAUUCUCACUAUAAUAGAAUGUUUGUUUAUGAUUCCAUUAUUAAAUUUGAUUCUUACAUAGAUAAGAAAUUAUUAUUCUGGUUUGACCACAUAUGAAAGAUUGAUAUUAGGAAAACCUUCUAACAAAAAGAGAGAAUCCAUAAUUUAAAAAAUGUCCUUUGUUUAAUAAGGAUGA